AUGGGAUCUUGGGAGGAGCAAGUUAGGCAAUUCUUGUUGGAGGAGGAGGAAAAGGACGAUGAAUUGUUCUUUGUAAUUGUUCCUACCAUAAUUUCGUACCUACAAGAAGAGAAAAUUCCUGUGCACACAUCUUCUCUUCCUAUUGCCAAAAAGGUUAAGGAAAUCCUUGAAGGGCACCCGAGCUGGUGUAAAGUUGAGUUCCAAAUGGAACCUGAAAUAUUUAAAGCCAUAGUGAACUUUCUUAGAAGAGAGAAUUUCCUCUGUGACACACCAUGUGUUGCUGUUGAGGAGCAGCUUGGGAUGUUCAUGUCUAUUCUCUCACACAAUGCUAGCAACCAAAGGCUACAAAAAGAUUUUCAACACAGUGGCAAGACGAUCCAUCGGAAAAUAACAAAAGUUUUCAAAAUAAUUCCUACCUUGACUCAUCAAUUUGUGAGACUUCCAAGUUUAUUCCAAACUCAUAUCAGAAUCGCGAUAAAUCCUCGUUUUAUGCCCUUCUUUCAACCAUGA